AUGUCUGCGGAGCCCUGCCAUCUGCUCAGGCUGCCGACUGAAUUGCGCCUCCAUAUUUACGACUACGCGCUCUGCGACGCCGAGGCUAUAACCAUAUCCAGCGGCGAAGUAAUCGAUUACGGCUUCGGUGUUUACCCCGAUAGUCGCGCCGAGCAGAACAUCGGCAGGAAAUAUCCGUCUAUACCAGGUCUACCGGUGAACCAUGUUCCAAUAAUCCGCCGUCAUUACGACCCGUCUCUCCUCUCCAUCACUUCUCCGGCGGUGGUGAUCCCCGGCUCCGUAAAUCACUCGUCACCCGCCGAGUCCUUCGCCGACUCCGCCUACGCCUCUGCAGCUUCGCUCGCGUCAAGCUCGCAUACCAGCACCAAGGCUUCUAGUGGGAACGCCGAUGCCAGCUGGGACGCUAUCCCGCUGUUUACUCCGCUGUCCCUCCUCGCAACCUGCCGCACCAUCAACGCCGAACUGCAAUCCCACUUGCAAUUCCAAAAGACCACCACCGCGCAAUACGGCCCAGCGCUCUACAUCUCCUACCCAACCGGCCUCCUCGUCUUAAAAGCCCUAUGCCCACAUUUCCUAGCCCACGCGCGAGCCGUCUACAUCGCCGGCGCAUAUCAUGUCACCGCGCCGACCCAGCCGCCCGAAAACGAAAGCGCCAUCUCCCGCCGCCUCGGUAGGCUCGACAGCAUUCGGCACAGGAAUUACAGCGAACGUGUAGCCUCCGCCGAAGAUUCAACGCCCUCACGGCGUCCACACCACUACCCCAUUCCGACACCCGAGGCCACCACCGCACUCGCCUCAACCGUGCGCACCCUCCUAGGGCCCCGCCCUCAUCCAACACUUCAGAAGCUUCAGCUCCGCAUCUACUACCCCUCGGAGCACUCCUACCGCCACGUCUGGGGCGACGACGCGAGCCCGAUCGUCGUCGCCCUGCAGAACACGUGGGGCGGAAACAUUGAGACCGAGGUCUGGCGCGGGCGGUGGGGGACGGGAGUGAAGUUCGAGGCGAGGAGUAACGUCGAGAGCAGGGUCAUGAGUAGUGUUUGGAGGAGGCUUACGGAGAAGAAGCAGAGUGAGAUGUUUGUUGUGGGGAAGGAGUGGCCUGAGGAGUCGGAGGGCUCGAAGGUCGGGGAGAGGGGGGAAGAAUGUAGGGUCAGCUACGGUAUCUCUCAGACGUGA